AUGGCUUCUCGUUUUUACGAGCUCCAAACCGACGCGGCAUACUCUCAUUCAACCUCCCGUUCCUCGUCUCCCCGUCCACAACCACAGGCCACACCAGCAUAUUCCCAGCGGUCGUCUACAUCAUCCGCCUCCUCCGGGGCCUCUUCGAGCUCGUCUUCCUACCAGAAUGACCCGUAUAAUCCCAGCUAUUCCGCGGCUUCCGCGUCCCAACAAUCCGCUCCUCGUGUCGAGACUCUCCGCUGCUCCCGGUGUGCGACAUGUGUCGAGGCGGUAGUCUCGAGGAAGGCCGCUGGCGAGCCGAGGAAAGUCAGCUCCGAAGAUGCCACGGCUAGCGGGAUGGUGAGGUUUGGCCAUAACUUAUACUACUGCGAGCGCUGCGCCGAGAUGGUAGGAUAUAAAUGA